AUGAAGAGAAACAGAGAUUGUAGUGUAGAUGUUAUUAGAGCCCCUUUUAGUCUACUUGAUGGUCACACUUUGUGUGAUAUACUGGUCCGGCUGCCAGUGAAGUCAUUAUUGCAGGCAAAGCGUGUCUGUAAACAUUGGCGUUCUUUAGUUAGAGAUCCAUACUUUGUUGAUUUACACUACACUCGAUCAAAAACUUGUCCAAAACUCCUUAUCUUUGCUAGUAGGAGUGUUGGGAUGUUUUUAUUCUCGGUUGACUUGUUUGAAGGCAGAGUGCUCCUAGAUCAGAUGAAAGUAGAGUUACCGUUGGGAGUAGCUGUUCUUGUUCUUGUUCAAAUUCUGAAUGCUGUCAAUGGUUUGGUGUGCUUCAAGGGAUCUAUGGGUGAGGUUCUUAUUUAUAACCCCAGCACUGGAGACAAAACAUCCUGGAUUGGAUCAAGGGUACCGUGGGAAAAAAAGCAUAGAUCAAAGAGCCCUUUUUAUGGCUUUGGAUUUGAUUCCGAAACUAAGGAACACAGAGUAGUUUGCUUAUGGCAUGCGUACGAUCUUAGAUAUGAAACUGGUGACAGUGAUUUUUGCGAGGUUUUGACUGUAGGGAAAAAUACAUGGAGAAGAAUUGAUGACGUCCCACAUUAUAAGGCUUACGGAGAAUCUGUUUAUGUGCAUGGAGUCGUCUAUUGGCUGAGUACUUACCAACAUUUCGAUUGUUCAUAUUCUGCUGAUGCUAAAUUCAUAGUUGCAUUUGAUAUAGGAAGAGAGAAAUUCAGACUGAUACGCAUCCGUGAUUUGAUUGCUGAUGGCCGCCAGGGUUACAAUAAUUGUCAUGAUUUACUGGUAAUUGAUGGAUGCGUUGGUCUGCUGGGUAGAAAACUUAUAGUUGAUGGAAAUAACAAAAAUGUGAUUAACAUGUGGAUAUUCUUAGAAACCCAUGGGCCACUUGCAAGGGUAGGGUUGCCUAAGGCUUAUAAGCUUUACAUUAUGGAGGAUCUGGGCGAUGUGGGACUAUUUCUAACACCCCCCUCAAACUCGAGAGGGUCAAGUUUGAAUACACCCUGGACCUGA